UGGUGCGCAGGCGCCCGGACGGUGCCGCUUGAUCCAGCAAUGGACGCGCUGGAGUCGUUGUUGGACGAGGUGGCCCUGGAGGGCCUGGAUGGCCUGUGUCUGCCCGCGCUGUGGAGCCGCCUGGAGACUCGAGUGCCGCCCUUCCCCCUGCCUCUGGAGCCUUACACGCAGGAGUUUCUGUGGCGGGCCCUUGCCACGCAUCCGGGCAUCAGCUUUUAUGAAGAACCGCGAGAAAGACCCGACCUCCAGCUCCUGGACCGGUAUGAAGAAAUUGAUUUGGAAACCGGAAUUUUGGAGUCCAGGAGGGACCCGGUGACGUUGGAGGAUGUCUACCCCAUUCACAUGAUCCUGGAGAAUAAGGAUGGCAUCCAGGGCUCGUGCCGGUACUUUAAGGAGAGGAAAAACAUCACCAGUGACAUCAGGACCAAGUCUUUGCAGCCUCGCUGUACCGUAGUGGAGGCCUUUGACAGGUGGGGGAAGAAGCUGAUCAUCGUUGCCUCCCAGGACAUGCGGUACAGGGCCUUGAUCGGCGCAGAGGGCGACCCUGACCUGAAGCUCCCAGACUUCUCCUACUGCAUUCUGGAGCGCCUGGGCCGGUCCCGGUGGCAAGGGGAGCUCCAGCGAGACCUGCACAGCUCCGCUUUCAAGGUGGAUGCCGGGAAGCUUCACUACCACAGGAAAAUCCUGAACAAGAACGGCCUCAUCACCAUGCAGUCGCACGUGAUCCGACUGCCCACCGGUGCGCAGCAGCACUCCAUCCUCCUCCUCCUGAACCGCUUCCACGUGGACAGGAGGAGCAAAUAUGACAUCCUCAUGGAGAAACUUUCAGGUCUUCUGAGCACACGGAGUAACCAGAUAGAGACCCUGGGAAAGCUUCGGGAAGAGCUGGGGCUGUGCGAAAGGACAUUUAAGCGUCUGUACCAGUACAUGCUGAAUGCUGGGCUGGCGAAGGUGGUGUCUCUCCCCUUACAAGAGAUUCACCCUGAAUGUGGACCGUGUAAGACAAAGAAAGGGACCGACGUCAUGGUGCGCUGCCUCAAGCUGCUGAAGGAGUUUAAACGGAAGAUGGAAGAUGACCACGACCAGGACGACGACGACGACGAGGAGGUCAUCUCCAAGGGCGUGCCGCCGGUGGACGUGGUGUAUGAGCGGGACAUGCUCACCCAGACCUACGAGCUCAUUGAGCGCAGAGGCACAAAAGGGAUUUCCCAGGCCGAAAUCCGAGUGGCAAUGAAUGUGGGAAAACUGGAAGCAAGAAUGCUGUGUCGUCUCCUUCAGAGAUUCAAAGUCGUCAAGGGCUUCAUGGAAGACGAGGGGCGGCAGCGGACCACCAAGUACAUCUCCUGCGUGUUUGCGGAGGAGAGCGACCUCAGCCGGCAGUACGAGCGGGAGAAGGCCCGGGGCGAGCUCCUGACCACCGUGAGCCUGGCCUCGGUGCAGGAGGAGUCCCUGCUGCCCGAGGCCGAGGACACGUUCCUCUCCGAGUCGGACAGUGAGGAGGAGGGCGGCGGCGGCGGCAAGAAGCGCGGCAAAGGGCCCCAGGGGGACAGGAGGGCCUCGAGCCUCAGCCUGGGGCCUCAUCACUCCACUCCCAGCAAGGGUGGGUGGAAAGUCGUAAACCUGCACCCCCUGAAGAAGCAGCCGGCGUCCUCCCCAGGGGCUGCUGACGAGAGGCCCGGCCGGAGCGCCGUGGGCCGGGACGGCCUCGUGGAUGCCAGCAGCUCCUCGGACCUCCUCGGUACCCACUGCAUAGGCAACAGCACUGGCGACAUUGCCAUGAUCGAAGAGGUCAGGCUGGAGAACCCGAAGGAAAGUGGCAGCUCCCAGAAGACAGGCAAACACGGCUCCGGCCAGGACAAGCCCCACGAAACGUACAGACUGCUGAAGCGCAGGAACCUCAUCAUCGAGGCCGUCACCAACCUCCGCUUGAUCGAGAGCUUAUUCACGAUUCAGAAAAUGAUCAUGGAUCAGGAGAAACAAGAAGGCGUGUCCACCAAGUGCUGCAAGAAGUCCAUUAUCCGCUUGGUGCGGAACCUGUCCGAGGAAGGUCUCCUGCGGCUCUACCGCACCACCGUUAUUCAAGAUGGCAUCAAGAAGAAGGUGGACCUGGUGGUGCACCCGUCCAUGGACCAGAAUGACCCUCUGGUGAGAAGCGCCAUCGAGCAGGUUCGUUUCCGGAUCUCCAAUUCCAGCACAGCCAACAGGAUUAGAGUGCCCCAGCCUCCAGUGCCUCAGGAAGAGCCUGAAGAAGAAAGUCAGGGGAAAGAGGAGCCAGCAAGUGCCUCGGGAGACUCUGUGCCGGAUACGGCCGCUAAACCCGAACCUGCACGGGUGAAAAAGACGGAUGAGAAGAUGGGCAUAACCCAGCUGAAAAAUUACAACCCUGUAGUAGUUCCCGGACUCGGACGUUCUCUAGGGUUUCUGCCCAAAAUGCCACGCCUGCGGACAAUCCACAUGUUUCUGUGGUACCUGAUCUAUGGGCAUCCUGCCAGCGAGCCGGUACAGAAGCCGGGCCUCAGCAGUGAGAGAAGACUGGGGAGACACCAGCCAGGCCAGGCGGGAGCUCAGAACUCCAGAAAUGACUUGGAGACCUCUUCCGAUGGCCUGCCCAGGGAUGGCCGAGACACAGGCGUCUGGGAGACUGAAGUGGAACUUGCCACUGAGACAGUAUACGUGGACGAAGUCUCGUGGACACGUUACAUCCCUCCUAUCCCAGUCCACCGGGACUUUGGCUUCGGCUGGGCUCUGGUCAGUGACAUUCUCCUCUGCCUGCCCCUCUCCAUCUUCGUCCAGAUCGUGCAAGUCAGCUACAAGGUGGACAACCUCGAGGAGUUCCUGGACGACCCUCUGAAGAAGCACACGCUGAUCCGCUUUCUCCCCAAGGCCAUCCGGCAGCAGCUUCUGUACAAGAGACGCUACAUCUUUUCGGUGGUGGAGAACCUCCAGAGGCUGUGCUACAUGGGGCUGCUCCAGUUCGGGCCCACAGAAAAGUACCAGGACAAAGACCAGGUCUUUAUUUUCUUGAAGAAGAACGCAGCCAUUGUCGACACCACCACCUGUGACCCGCACUACAACCUCGCGCGGAGCAGCCGGCCCUUCGAGCGGCGGCCCUAUGUCCUGAACUCCAUGCAGGAUGUGGAGAACUACUGGCUGGACCUGCAGUGCGUCUGCCUCAACACCCCCUUAGGUGUGAUUCGCUGCCCGCGCAUCAGGAAGGACAGCAGCGGGGACCAGGGCAGCGACGAGGAGGGCAGCCUGCAGAAGGAGCAGGAGAGUGCCGUGGACAAGCACAACCUGGAGCGCAAGUGUGCCCUGCUGGAGUACACCACGGGGAGCCGAGAGGUGGUGGACGAAGGCUUGAUCCCAGGAGAUGGGCUGGGCGCCGCGGGGCUCGACUCCAGCUUCUACGGACACCUGAAGCGCAACUGGAUCUGGACCAGCUACAUCAUCAAGGCCAGAAAGGAGAGCACCACUUCAGAGAACGGGCUCACGGUGAGGCUCCAGACGUUUCUGUCUAAGCAUCCGUUGCCACUUGGUGCUGGAGGCAACGGAAGGUUGAAUAUCUGGGGGGAAGCAGGUUCCGGAGCCACUCUCUGUGCUGACAGGGAAGAGCAGCUUGACAUGGAGCAGGAGCCCCUGCUGGACAGAAACCUCAGAGUGAGAGGCGGGAAGAACCAGAAGCGGAAGCGGCUGAAGAAGGACCCUGCAAAGAAGUCCAAGAGAAAGAAAAAAGAAGAGCUCUCCGAAGAUAAAAACAAAAAGCCGCGCUACCACGACGAGGCCGACCAGAGCGCACUGCAGAGGAUGACGCGGCUGCGCGUCACCUGGUCCAUGCAGGAGGACGGGCUGCUCAUGCUCUGCCGCAUCGCCAGCAACGUCCUCAACACCAAGGUGAAGGGCCCGUUUGUGCCCUGGCAGGUUGUGCGGGACAUUUUGCACGCCACCUUUGAAGAGUCUUUGGACAAAACAUCUCAUUCAGUUGGACGAAGAGCUCGCUACAUAGUCAAAAAUCCACAAGCCUACCUGAACUACAAGGUCUGCCUGGUCGAGGUGUACCAGGACAAGGCUCUCAUCGGGGAUUUCAUGAACCGGAAGUGUGACUAUGAAGACCCUAAGGUUUGUGCCAACGAGUUUAAAGAAUUUGUGGAGAAGCUUAAAGAAAAAUUCACGUCGUCGCUAAAGAAUCCUAACCUUGACAUCCCAGACACUCUCCAGGAGCUGUUUGCCAGAUACCGCGUGCUGGCGAUCGGAGACGAGAGAGAGCAGAUCAGGAAAGAGGACGAGCUCUCCAGCGUGGAUGACAUCCACUUCCUGGUGCUCCAGAACCUGAUCCAGAGCACACUGGCCCUCUCGGACAGCCAGAUGAAGUCCUGUCAGUCCUUCCAGGUGGGUGCCCCACGCUGGGCCGCUGCUCCUUCCCUCAGCCGCGCAAUCCGAGGGGCCCAGUCUCCCCCAAGACUCCAGCCCUCACUUCUUGCAUCUUUGAAGUGUGGGUGCCGGACCCAUUUGGGGAAGGAUGGGAGCUUGGAGGAGGAAGAGGAGGAAGAGGAAGACUUGGAUGAAGCCGCGGCGGGCAAGCGCCAGAACAUUGAGGUGAAAGCCCCCCAGGCCUCCCACACUAACUACCUGCUGAUGAGGGGCUACUGCGCCCCCGGCAUCGUCAGCAUCCGCAACCUCAACCCCAACGACAGCAUCGUGGUGAACUCCUGCCAGGUGAAGUUCCGGCUGCGCCGCACACCCUUGCCCACCCGGCUCGGGCCUGCCGUCACGUCCCUGGACGAGCUAACUGUGGGCGGCGCCCACCUCCCCGACACGUUCACCAGGCUGAUAAACAGCCAAGACGCCUGCAGCCUGGAAGACUUUGCUCACCAGCUGGAGCUGUCUGGCUACACCCCCGAGGACGUGGCUGCUGCCUUGGAGGUCCAGGGGGCCAUUGCGGCCUCGGGUUGCUUCGGGGUGGACAAGGCAGAGCUGGGCAGGCGCUUCUCCGCCUUUGAGAAGACAGAUGGCGAGCGCACCAGGACCUUCACAGACUACAUUCAGGACCUCCUGGGGCAGCACCAGGUGCUGGAAGUGGGCGGCAACACAGCUCGCCUGGUGACCAUGGCCUCUGCCCAGCCCUGGCUCCUUCACUCGGUGCGGCUAAAAGAGGACAAUGCAGAUGCUCAAAAGGAAGACCCCCAGGCCAGGGCCCCAGAGGGGUCUUCCAGUGAGGGCGGCCCCUCCGAGGACAAGACACCCCCUUCUCAGGGGCCUAGGAGCACCAAGAGGCGGGCCAGCUGGGCCGUCUCUGACCCGGCCAGUCAGAGUGGAGAGCCCGACAGCGCCCAGACCCCCCCUGCAAAGAGGCUCACGCUCCAGGAUGUGCGUGUCGCCCCCAGCCCUGAGCCCCGAGCCGACGAGGGGGCAGAAACCCAGGUGUUUGCUCUGCCCGCAGCGUCUGAAGACACAGAUGCAGGGGAGCCUCCCCAGGGAGCGCCAGAUUCUGGGCAGCUGGACCAAGAGGUUGUUGGGGGACCCAGCUCCCCAGCCCAAGAGCUCCUAGCCUGUCAGACCCAGCUUCCAGAGGGCUCGGAAGACCCCAGAGGUGUGCUGGAGAGUGCCGUGACCGGCAGCCUGUCCCAAGCCAUGCUGGAAAAGGACUGCGAGAGCAUCUGCUUCAUCGGCCGCCCGUGGCGCAUCGUGGACGGCCACUUGAACACGCCGGUGUGCAAGGGCAUGAUGGAGGCCGUGCUGUACCACAUCAUGGCCAGGCCUGGCGUCCCCGAGAGCUGCCUGCUGCAGCACUACCAGGGCGUCCUGCAGCCCAUCGCCGUGCAGGAGCUGCUGCAGGGCCUGGAGUACCUUGGCUGCAUUAAAAAGCGCUGGCUGAGAAGGCCCGCGCCUCCCUCGCUCUUCUCGAAGCCGGAGUUCGAGGAGCCAGAGGCGCCCUGCGGCCUGAACGAGAGCGCCACGGUGUUCUACGAGCCCACCCUGGACUGCACGCUGCGGCUGGGCCGCGUGUUCCCGCACGAGAUCAACUGGAACAAGUGGCUGCACCUGUGAGGCCGCUGGUCAGCAGGGCCCUCCGCGCUGACCCCGGGAGCCAGCCCG